GCAAUCUCAGCAAGCGGGCGCGUGUUUUCCGAAAGUUGGUGACAUCUCUCGGACAGUUUGAUGGUCAAAGUUUAGCGAAGAAAAGAGCGCCUUCUUGGAUGAUUCUGUAAUAAUGGCAAAAGAAAACAAAACCUCGAACAAGCAGUGCGGCAUAAAAAAAAAGCGUGAAUCCAUCAAUAAAGUGCGCGCAAACCCAUACCCGCGGGAACCGGUUGUCGCUCCAUCACCCAUCAUCAAGUUAGCCAUGACCUUGGCCAACGCCAGCGGCCCUUCGAUGGCCGCUUGGCUUACACUUCUUCUCUGCUGCGGCACAAUUCAGACACCGCCUACUUUGGCGGCAGCAGCAGCAGCGGCAGGUGAAAGCAUCUUCGAUAACAUCAUCAACCAGCUGAUGUCGACGGCGGCCACGGCUCAAAACUAUCUGGACGCCACCGCUGGACCACAGCAAAAUGUCAGGGAACCAUCGCUCGCUUCGGUGGACGUUUCGUCGUCGUUUCUGGGCAACGGAUUGUCGACGAUUGGCUCCUACGAGGAGAAUACGCCGUUCUGGAAUCCGUUCACCUGGCUGAAACCGAGGGCCGUUUCCAUUCCGUACAAUCCCGACACGGAUUUGACUACGCCGGAAAUCGCAGUACGCCAUGGUUACUGGGCCGAGUCGCACACGAUUAAAACAAGCGACGGCUACCUGCUCACAUUGCAUCGGAUUCCAUGCGGUCGGGUAGGAUGCGCAGGGUCUAGCGGGGGCAAGGGUUCGGGACAGCCGGUCUUUCUCCAGCAUGGCCUACUGUCCAGUUCGGCCGAUUGGCUUCUGAGCGGGCCGGAUAAGGCGUUGGCGUUCAUCUUGGCCGACGCCGGGUACGAUGUGUGGCUUGGUAAUGCUAGGGGCAAUACCUACUCGAGGAAGCACGUCUCGAUGAGUAGCGACGAGACGGCCUUUUGGGACUUCAGCUGGCACGAGAUGGCCCUGUAUGACAUCCCGGCGGAGAUUGAUUUCGUUUAUGGAAUGAGAGAACUGGAACAAAACGACACCCGGCGAAACCUGCUGUACAUUGGCCACUCGAUGGGUACGACCAUGGCCUUCGUGAUGCUGGCCAACAUGCCGGAGUACAACGACAAGAUACAGGCGGUGUUCGCCAUGGCGCCGGUGGCGUUCAUGGGUCACGUGAAGAGUCCCAUCCGGCUGUUGGCGCCCUUUUCGCACGAUAUCGAGAUGAUCCUGAAGUUCUUCGGGGGUAACGAGUUCAUGCCGCAGAACAAGAUCAUCCGCUACCUGGCUAAGUACGGCUGUGAGUUGACCGAAGCGGAGAAGUAUAUCUGCGAGAAUACCGUAUUCGUCCUGUGCGGGUUCGACAAGGAGCAAUACAACGCCACGCUGAUGCCGGUAAUCUUCGGCCAUACUCCGGCGGGUACUUCAACCAAGACGGUAGUCCACUACGCCCAGGAGAUCCACGACAGCGGCAACUUCCAGCAGUUCGACUACGGCGAGGCGGAGAAUCAACGGCGGUACGGACAGCCGCAACCUCCCAGUUACAGCCUAGAUCGGAUCAGCACUCCAGUGGCGUUGUUCUAUGCUAACAACGAUUGGCUGGCGGGACCGGUGGACGUGGCCAAUCUGUUCAACCGGCUGACGAAGACCUCGAUCGGUAUGUUCAAGGUGCCGAACGAUAACUUCAACCACGUGGACUUCCUUUGGGGCAAUGACGCCCCGGAGGUGGUCUACAAGCAGCUGAUGAUGUUGAUGAAGAGGUACAAAUAGGGUAGGACAGGUGGUAUGUUAAUACAUAAGUAGAUCUAAGGAUGGAAAACGUGGCAUUUAACCCCCGACAUGACAAAUUCGAUGCUUUAAUAUUUUGUUAUACUUUUAGGCGAUAGAGUAGUUGAACUCCAGAUGGCGAUGAGUUGUACACCUGCUUAUAUACAAACGAUUAUUUGUAGA